GUUCGGAGCUCCACGCACCGCCAUCCGCCUCCCGCUUAGCUCGGCCGCGUGUGGAUGUGUGCGCUCGCUCGCUCGUUACCUUCCGCGUGCGGAUACACUUCAUUACCCGUGUUCGUAAAUCAAAGAAACAACGUCAAAAAUAUGAAGACAAAAAGUGAGAGAUAAUAACAGCAAAAGAAAACGGAAGGACACAACAGAAAAUGUAAAGAAAACGGAAAACCACUGAAACACCUAGAAAACUGAAUUGCGUGAAACAAUGCUACCAACAAAUCACAAAACAAACGAAUGAAAUUAGAAAAAGACAGAAACUCUGACUCAAAAUGGGCGGGCUUAGGGUGGCAGUGAGGUGGGCGUGUCUCAUAGCCAUGAUCACAGGUGUUUAUGGGCGGAUCGUCUGCUAUAACGGAGGGCGGUGCGUGUUCAACAGGUGCAUCUGUACACCUGGCUUCUACGGGUCUCGAUGCCAGUAUGAUCGCAACGAGUGUUCAACGGACAACGGCGGCUGUGAGCACGAGUGCAAGAACACCCUGGGCUCCUUCGUGUGUUGUUGCCGCCCGGGGUACAAGCUCCUGCCGGACAAACUCUCGUGCCAAGAGGUGGACGAGUGCGAGGACCACAACGGCGGCUGCUCCCACCGCUGCGUCAAUACCCAGGGGUCCUACGAGUGCCGCUGCGACCCCGGCCAGCGCCUCCUCCACGACCGACGGACUUGCAUAGGGCGAGAGUCUUCUGUUAGGCCACGGUGCCACGUGAGGAACGGAGGGUGCAACCAGCUGUGCAAUGAACAGGGGAAUCGAGUUGUCUGUUCUUGUCGCCCUGGGUACCGCCUCGGGCCCGACAAGCGCCGGUGCGAGGCGAGCGACCCGUGCCAGGAGGAGAACGGAGGGUGCCAGCACGGGUGCGAGAACGUCAGCGGUCAGCCUCGAUGCUCUUGUCCUCGGGGUCUCAAGCUGGAGGACGACCAGCGCACGUGCACCGACGUUGACGAGUGCCAGACGCCGGGCAUAUGCAGUCAGCAGUGCCACAAUACCUUCGGGUCUUAUUCGUGUGCGUGUCGUCAGGGUUACCAGCUGAGCACCGAUCGAAGGUCCUGCGAUAGCUUCUUUGGACAAACAUGUCGACGCCGUUGCCCCAUCAAAUGCCCCAACUUGCGGUGCAAUCGGAUCUUCGGGUUCUGUGAGUGUGACCCGGGGCGAUUAGGACCCAAGUGCAACAUGCCAUGCCCGGAUAUGACGUGGGGGGCCAACUGCCGCCAUCAGUGCCAGUGCCGCGUCCAGAGCACUCGUCUCUGUAGGCCGGAGGACGGCAAGUGUGAGUGCCAACCCGGAUAUACAGGAACCAACUGCUCUGACCUCUGUCCUCCUGGGCGCUGGGGAGCCGACUGCAAGAACACCUGUGCUUGCGAUGACGGAAGCAGGUGUGAUCACGUGACGGGUGCUUGCCUUCAGGAGUGUCCAUCUGGCUUCACGGGACCCAAUUGCGAGCGACCUUGCGGCGAGGGCACUUUCGGACCCGGAUGUAAAAUGGUGUGCCAGUGCGGUUCUCGGCCCUGCGAUCCGGCCACGGGGGAGUGCCGCUGCGCCCCGGGUUUCCACGGGAAGAACUGCCUUCUGCCAUGUUCUGAAGGACUGUGGGGCGUGGACUGCCUGCAGAAGUGUGAGUGUGAGGGCAACAGUACCUGCAGUCGCGUGACUGGAGCCUGUCAGUGUCCCCGUGGAACUACUGGAGACGCGUGCGAGACACAGUGCAGGCCCGGGCGGUGGGGAGAAGGUUGCAGGCAGUCUUGCAGAUGUCUCAACGGUGCAACAUGUGAUCCUGUGACUGGCAAGUGCAUAUGCGGCGCCGGCUUCACGGGUCCCUACUGCGGCCGGCAGUGCCCUCCAGGAAGGCAUGGCCACGAUUGCGCUCACCGCGUCACCGGGCGCUGUUCAUGCCCGCCGGGUAGGACUGGGCAGAAGUGCCGGGAACAAUGUCCGGAAGGCGUGUACGGCGUGGACUGCGCCAUGAGCUGCAGGUGCGAGAACAACGCCACGUGCGACCCCGUGUCCGGCGCCUGCACGUGUAAACCGGGAUGGCAAGGCAGGUUCUGUUCCGAGCCAUGCCCUGCGGGGUUCUGGGGCCGUGAGUGCCGCCGCGUGUGCGAGUGUGGCACUGGGACCUGCGAGCCUACCACGGGGGACUGCAUCUGCCCGCCGGGGGAGGAGUGUGACAGGGCGUGCCCGCCCGACCGAUGGGGCCCCACCUGCGAGAACAUCUGCCUCUGCCACAACGGCGGCACCUGCGACCGCGUGUCCGGCCUGUGCAUGUGUCUUCCUGGCUACACCGGUGCUACGUGUCAAGUAAGGUGUCCCCCGGGAAGUUUCGGCGAGAAAUGUCAGUUCUCCUGCUUGUGUCAGAACGGUGCCACCUGCAUGCAUGACACUGGCGCUUGCGUUUGUCCUCCUGGUUAUAGAGGCAUCUACUGCGAGGAAGGAUGUGAUGAUAGCAGCUACGGCCCAGCGUGUCUCCUGAAGUGUGCCUGCCAACGGGGUGGAAAGUGUGAUCCCGUGACGGGAGCGUGCGCUUGCCCCCCGGGUUGGCAUGGGGAGAAGUGUGACAAGCCUUGUCCGCAGGGUCUGUGGGGACAAGACUGCAAUAACAUGUGUGAUUGUAAGCACGGAGGUUCCUGUCACCAUGUCACAGGAGUGUGCCAGUGCCCAUCUGGCUACACGGGCGAAAAUUGUCAAGAUAUUUGUCCACGAGGAUUUUAUGGGAAGGACUGUAAUCAGCGCUGUACCUGUGCCAGGAAUCAACCGUGCCAUCACAUAACGGGUGCAUGCAAGUGCCCGCCUGGACGUAUGGGGGCACAGUGCCAUGAUUUCUGCCCCGAAGGAAGGUGGGGGGAGCAGUGCCAAGAGGAGUGCCAAUGCAAGGGCUCCUCCCUCUGCGACCCCGUCAGCGGCGCCUGCGUGUGUCCCCCAGGUACUCGAGGCCGGAAGUGUGGCAAAGGCUGUCCUCCAGGUUUUUAUGGCAUCGAUUGCAAGGAGAAAUGCGAGUGUGAGAACGGAGGUCGAUGUAACUCGACGACUGGGGCUUGUGAGUGCCCCGAGGGUUUCUACGGUCCCACGUGCUCCCUUCCCUGCCCUGACGGUACAUACAGCACCCACUGUAACCAGACGUGUGAUUGCGAACACGGGGGUGUGUGUACCAGGAGCGGUCAGUGCAGAUGCCCGGCUGGGUACGUUGGACCCAAGUGCGAGAACCGGUGCCCGGCCGACAAAUGGGGCUUGCAGUGUGCCAACGAGUGCCAGUGCCAAAACGAUGCCAUUUGCCAUCCAGCGACGGGCGAAUGUCAGUGCGGGCUGGGCUGGACCGGACGCAACUGCACCCUGCCGUGUCCCGCUGGUCACUACGGCCCCGACUGCCAGCUGGACUGCGCCUGCCACCACAACGCCACCUGCGACCGCUUCUCCGGCUGCUGCAUCUGCGGACCGGGAAGAUAUGGGCGGUAUUGCGAACUCGAGUGCCCCCCUGGAUUCCACGGCGAUUAUUGCACGAAAGUUUGUGAGUGUGAGAACGACGCGACGUGCAAUCCAUACACGGGCCAGUGCAUCUGUCCUCCUGGCUUGACGGGUGACACCUGCGCCGACAGAUGCCCAGAAGGGACGUUCGGCCUCAAGUGCCAAAGCGAGUGCCAGUGCGGCCCCUACCCCUGCCGGAAAGACACGGGGGAGUGUCUAUGUCCUGCAGGCUUCAAGGGACCUGGAUGUGAGAUGCAGUGCGGUCCGGGGCGGUACGGCCUCGGGUGCCAACAGCAGUGCGAGUGCCGGAAUGGUGCGACCUGUGACCCGGCGACAGGUCAGUGCACCUGUCCGCCGGGCUGGAUCGGGCCAACGUGUCAGGAGAAAGACCUGUCGGUGUUCACCACACACCCAGACCACCGGGACCGCUCUGACAUCCCCGUGGAAGACAGCUGAGACCCCACGCUCCCCUGAUACGCCUCGUCAGAUCACGUCGAACCACAGAAAUUACGUCACAUCCCCAUACUUUCUGCGUCGGAAACCUACGUCACAUGAUGU